UAAUGCAGACGCGUGUUUACUUUUCGUAUGUAAACAUUCUUGGCUGUAGCAUCCUCUACGCCACUGGCAUCCGCUAUUUGCCUCCAACUUUUCCAAGAUUAAUGCCCGUUUGCACCAGUUCUGGUUAAAUGUGGCCGUUUGCUAACCACCGUUAAAGUUAACCAUAGGGCUAAACAAGACUUGCUUUGCACCGCGCGUUACAAGACCCAAUGUUAACUAACCAAAGGUUAAUACACGCGUUGUUUGGCAACGUCGCAAAUUUGAGGGUAUUUGAUGAUAGCCGUUGGUAGCAUUGGUGUGCGCACAUGGUUUUGUGUACCAAACAGAGACUUUAAUUAAAGUCGCUGGUACCAAAGAGGUUAGAGACAGCUGAAUCUGCUGUUUACUCUUCGUUCAGUGAGUACAUUUUAGCGCAUCAAACGAAAGCGACUCUUGAUUACUUAUUACCUUGUUACUAGUGAUGUAAGUAUUGUUGCUUUAAUUGCAGUCAGUUUUUUAAGUUAUGGAAGGCAGAGGAAAAAAAAGGAUGCGUGCACCAAACUUUUCCAUUGACGAAAAGUUGCGAAUUUUAUACGUUAUAGAAAAGUAUAAGGAUGUGGUUGAGAACAAAAAAACCGACGCUCUAACGUGGCAAGAAAAAAAUGCAGCGUGGACUAAAAUUACUGCUGAGGUAAACUCAAAUGGUAGUGUACCUCGCACAGUGGAAAAUAUUAAAGGUUUCUUUGAAAACCAAAAAAGAAGUACUAAUAAAAAAGCUGCAGUUGAAAAAAGGCAGUUGAGACGAACCGGGGGAGGCAGCACAACUGCUAUUGUAGAUGAUCCCACAUUUGGGAUCACUAUGGAAAUUUUAAAUAAAAAAAAUAUUUAUGGAUUACAAAACCUUUAUGAUGGAGAUGGCGACGAUUUAGAUCCUGGCAAUUCAAAAGUUGAUGAACAAACAUUCCAAGGCGCAGCAAGUACUUGCGAAGAAUACGAAGAUACUUUACAGGGGCCCUCUAUUAAUUCAAAGGUUGAAAACUCGACAGAUUGGGGCAAUUCAUGCCCAGCCCAGUUGCAGGCUCCAAUGAAUCCCAAACUGGCGGCACUCAUUGACAGGCAAACACAAAAACAAAUUGAAGUCCCUGCAACUCCGUCAACGUCAACUUCAUUUACUAAUAAAAAACAAGAAAAUACAUCACACUCAAGGAGAAGACCAUCUUUGCACUCUUCAACAAAUGUGGCCAGAAAAUAUGAAGAAGUGGCAGAAAAGAAAAAAACAUUAUAUGAUAUUCAAAUUUCCAUUUUUCGAAAAUUUCAAGAGCAGCAGGAGGAAAUGGCUCGUAACUAUCAGCAUGAUUUAGAAGAGAGAAGAAAACAUGACGAAAAGAUUCGUUCUCUACAAAUUCAAAAAGAAGUGUUGGACAUUGAAAUAAAAAAGGCCCAAUUAAUAGCUCUACGGAAAGGGAUAGAAAAUGAAUAA